AUGUUUGAAGAAAUUGCUCACGAAGACGACGACAAUGAUGAAAAUGACGAUGAGGAUGACUUUGGACACAGCACCCACACCAUAAUUCAUGGCCUAUUGGCUGCACCUGUCAGAGAGGCCAUAAGGGGCUGGGCUCUGCAGGGAGUGAAGUGGCAGGAGGCAGGGGCCGCCAAGGAGUGGGGUAGCCCAGAGACCCCGGGCACCCAACGACCGCAGCCAGAAAGCCACCCCCCCCCCCAGAGGCCACUCACACACUCAAUCAUCCUAUGCAGUCGAGGGAGCACGGACCUGGGACCAGCCACCCCAAAGCCCCCCAAACAGGCGCAGGGACCCACCACACUCCACACCUCCCCAGUCUUACAUGCACUAGGGAUGCAGCGAUCACCGGCACAGUGCCACCCCGCAGCACGAGACCCAGCGACCAGCGCGCCCGCCCCAGGUCCCAAUCACCACCACGGCCGCACCCCACCACCGCACCCCGAGAGAACCCCCAGCGACGCCCCCCACCCCCCACAACCCCCCAGGCAUACCUGCAGUCCCCCUCCCCCACCGCCACCACACCACAACCCUCCCUCAUUCACCAAACAUACAUCGGCAAGUCCAGGCCAGCCCAGACACCCCGGCGCAUGCCGGGCUCCCCCCCACCCCGGGAGGGGCAGCACCCAGACCCCAGGGCCCAGGUACCGCACCCCGCCCACCCCCGCCCACCCCCGAUCAGCCCAGCCACCCGACCCGGGGGAUGCCGGCCACCGACCCAGGCCCAACUCGGAGCCCCCCCACCCCACCACCACAGGGCAACUCCGGCACCGGGUCCACCCCCACCCCAACCCGGACAAACACCAAACCGCCCCCAGAGCAGGGCCGUCCAGACCCCCACUCCGAGGGACCACCAGUGACCCGUAG